GAUGACCUGACUGCAGAUGGUGAACUCUCAAACAGCCAAGAAAACCUGACAGAGAAUAACACUAAGGAGAAAUCUGGGCUUUUUGGGGGUGUGUUUAAAAAGCAGAAGGGGCUUGGUUCUAAAUCUCAGUCUCAAGAUGAUUUGUCUGAAAACACAGAACUUUCUGGCAGCACUGAAAAUCUAACAGAGAAGCCCUCCAAGGGUGGAGUGUCAAACUUCUUAAAAAAUCCGUUCGGCUAUUCAGCUCAGAAGGAAGACAAAGUGCAAAAGAGUGACAAAAAUGAACCCAAAAACAGCGCCGCCUCCUCAGAGAAAUCAAAGACCAAAUGGGAGAAGGGCUCUGAUUCAGACUCAGAGGAGAUGGUGGGGAACGGAGAGACCCAGCAGAGUAGUAAACCGAGUAAAUUUGCAGGGGCCAUGACGAAGCUCAACCCGUUCAGAACUGGACACAAGUAUGAGAAAUCUCUAGACAUGAGCGAUGAGGAGGAAAAAGAAGAAAUCGACAAACCCAAAGAGCAAAAACAGAAUGGUGUAGUUGGAGCCACGGGCAAAACAAAACCAUUCUGGACCAGUCACCAUCAUCAUAAAGAGAUCGAAGAAAAACAAGAAAUGGCACAAACCAAUGACAAGCAAGAGGAAGAGAAACCGAAAACGGUCAGAAACAAAGUGAUGCAAUUUGAGCAGAGAGAAAGAAGUGAAACUAUCAUAAUGCCGAAUCGAACAAACCGAGCCAAAGACGAGGUGAACAGGGAAAAGAGACAAACUGCAGAAACUCCACUGGUUCCUCCUCGACCCACACAAGAGGAAAUGGACAAAGCGAACGAGGCCAGUCUGAAUCCUGAGGAAACUAUGGCAAAACAUGGGGGACUGUACCCAACUCUGCCUAACAAGUCCGAGGAUGAAGCUCUGAAUGCAGAUAAAGCAAAUGAAGACAACGGAGGAGAAAAGAAACCAGUCAAAGUGAGAAGACCCAAACAUCACAAUCCCUUCAUGCCCCGAACUGGAGUAAAGCUCGCAGCAGUGGAAACAGCAGAAGAGGCACAAGAAGAAGAAAAUGUACAAACUUCAACCCAAGAAGAUGAAAACAAGGACGAGGAGGGCACCGACAAAGCAGAGGAAAAAGCCAAGAAACCAAAAAGACGAAAUCCCUUCAUGCCUCAGGUCAAGAAUAAAGUUGGACAAAGAAGAGCAGCCGAAGAAACAGAGAAUGAAGGUGAAAACAGAUGUCUCUUUGACCAACUGGAAGAGUUCAGAUUUGAACCUUCGCAGCCUGAAUCCAGCGAGGAUGCGGAUAAUCUCAUGGAGUGGUGGAACACUGUGGAAAAUUGGGAAGACACUCCUCAAACUGAAGACAUGACGCCCAAAGAGGAGGCGAAGGCCUUUGCGGUGACGGCGGAUAAGAUCCAAAAGGGAAUCCGCGUUUUCAACAAACUGUUUUCGGAGCGCGCCGAAAGCCUGUGGCAGCAUGUCAUCGACCUGAACGGCAUCGCAGACGGACUCGACAAAUUCAACAAGAAAACCAAGAUCGCCCAAAUCACCGGAGGAUCCACCAGCGCUACCGGCGGCGUGCUGACCAUCGCUGGGCUAGCGUUAGCGCCUGUUACCAUGGGAACCUCUCUCAUCGUGACCGCGGUGGGCUUAGGAGUAGCUACGGCGGGCGGGUUGACGUCGGCCGGAGCGGGAAUCUCAAAUCAAGUCAACAAUUCGAUGGAUAGGAAGAAAGUGGAAAAGAUCGUGGAGGAUUACCAGGAAAAAAUGGUGGAUUUGAACAAAGCGCUAAUGUUUAUCAAGCAAGGAAUCGAGCAUUUGCGGCGUUUUGACUUGAUAAAAAUGAAAAAACAAGCAUAUAAUCGCGACUUCCCUGUUUUGAAUAGUCGAUUUUACGAAGAUGGAGCUAUGGCGGGUAAAGCUAUACUGAUCAACGCAAACGAAAUCAUGAGAGUGGUGCAGAUAGCUAACGUAGCUGGUAGCACGGCGGCUAGAGCGGUACAAAUUGCCAGCAUGGCGACGGGAGUGCUCACCGGACUUUUUGUGGGUAUGGAUAUCUAUUUUGUGGCGAAAGACUCGAAAGAAUUGAAAAAAGGAGCGAAAUCUGAGUUUGCGGCGAAAAUCCGAGAAGUCGCUCAGCAGUUACACGACGGUCUGGUGGAGUUGAAUACGAUCAGAGAGGAGCUGCAGUCGACUACAGCGCCAAAGAACGAAGAAGAAGGAGGCGGAGGAGAGGGCGAAGAGAAAGGAGAGAGCGAGGAGAAGAAGAAAGAUGAGUAUGACGAUGAAGAGGAGGAAGACGAGAUCGACCGCAUCAAGAAACAAAUAAAGAAAGACUAUGAGAACAGAGAGUGGGUCUGAGCACACUAACAGGAAGACGGGAGUGGGGUAGACUAGGAUUUGCUAUUGCUAUUUUGUAUUGUACUUUUUAGAUAAUAGAUUUUAAUGGAUAGUUUGAAAGGGGGUGAAGAGUGUAGAGAGACAUUCAGCAAAUAGUUGGAGCCACAUAGCAAUCAAAACACAUUUAAUUUUACUGCCCUUUUUAAUGCUGAAAAUGACAUUAUCUAAAGCAGUAUCUCAACUUUUUUUCUUGGCAGACCAAAAUUUUGUAUUUGCGUGCCAAGGGUCAAACCUAUUCAUGUUUUCUAUGUAAAAAGUCAUUCUGGGAAGAUUAAACUGUCUUCAGAUAUUAUGUUUUUAGGGAGAUAAACUGCUAUGAGCUUUCUUUCAUCCCUUUUUUGGUUUUUCAAUGCAAAAUUGAGUCAAUAUAGAUAUUUCGUGGGCCAAAUUUGACCCAGAGAUGGGCCCCAUUUUGCGCAUCCCAGGUCUAAAUAAAGAGUGUUUUAUAUGUUUUAUAUUAUCACUGUGGUAUCAGAAUCGGUAUUGAGUAUCUAUUCUUUUAGUAUCAAAAUCAAGUUGGAAAUUUUAGUACCAUGACAACACUACUCCGGUGUACUCACUCCUAAUUCUAUCCAUCAAAAAUAGUUCAUUUCUUUUGUAAACGUUGCUGCUACUGUGACAAAACACUCAACACAAAUACUCCAAGCUACUUUUACUUCCUGAAAUAAUGUAUUGUGUACUUUCCCAAAAACGUUGCUGCCAUUAACUGAAACGCUUUUGUAUUUUUGACCAGUAGGAUCGUAUCUAAUAGGUAUCUUUACAUAAUGAAUUUUUAUAGAAUUGUUUUAUACUAUAGGUUUAUAUUGAACAACUGUGGUACAUUGCCUUUAUUUUGAUGCCUUCAAUAUGUACUAUGUAACUUUUCUGACUAUUUGAUACCUGCUUGUGUCCGUGUAUAUGCUGUUCCUUUGUCUGAAAUGUUCCACAGUAUGACAUUAACUUAUCUAGUAUUACCAUUUAUUCAAUCAUGUGUUUUUAGCGCUCAAAAAUCCCUUGAAAAGCAUAAAUUUUACUGUGAGUGGGGUCGCAUCUCCACAGAUCUGACCUGUAUCUACCUGGUUUAAUGCCAUACUCUGAGUCUGAAACAUUCUGGGCAAAGCAAUAACAUCUCUGUGGAUACAAGCGUUUUCUUGGUUUCAAGGCUAAAUGCUACGAUAACCUGAACGCAUUUUCUUUUUUUCUUUUUUUUUGCAUUUUGUUUGCUGUCCAACUGUUAAAAGUUACAUAACACUGGACAGUUUCUAUGCUGUAAUUUCAAAUCUUAUAUUUAUUUCAACUUUCUUUAUAGAGCUAUCUAUUUAUUUCUGUGUAAGUGCAAUAAAACAGGUACACUGUACAUGUAGGACACUGUAA